CAUUUUUCCUUUCUCACUAUAAUUUUUCUUUUUUUUUAGUAAAAAACAAAAACAUAAUUGAACAUAAAUUACGUAAAUUUGCAUGUUACUAUGUUUUUUUUUUCUUCCUUAUUUUUGUCAAAAAUAUCAAAAAAAAAAAAAAAAUUGAUUUUUAUUUCACUGCCUAAUUGUCGGUGACUCAGUGGAGCUUCGAAAAUCAAUUCCAGAUAGGAAAAUAAAUAAAAUGGGCAGAAGCUAAUUUUGUCGGCCUGUCUAAUUUUUAAUCUCAAAUUUUUAUGUUUUACUCUUUUGAUCAUUAUAUAGACUCUUGAUCUCUUUCUCUUUCAAUACAAUUCUCUCUUUCUCUCUCUCUAUCUUUUCAAAGUCUGCUUUUUUUUUUGGUGGGUUUAUCAGUUUUUUUUUCUUGCUAAAACUGAUAAACCGUACUAACCAGCAUUGUCACCAACUCAGUGGAAAUUUAGAGGAAAAGGGUUGAUGGGAUUUUGCUCAUAAGUUGAAAAAAAAUCAAAGCUUUUACCUACAUUUGGGUUUUAAUAUGGAGAAAAAUGCUGUUGUAUCUACUCUGUUUGUAGUGUUGCUCUGUUUUCCGGUGGCUUUUUCCGGCCAUGACUAUGGUCAAGCACUGAGCAAGAGCAUUCUCUUCUUUGAAGCUCAGAGAUCUGGUUACCUUCCUCGUAACCAAAGAGUCAAUUGGAGAUCUAAUUCUGGUUUGAACGAUGGAAAAGCCAGUGGGGUGGAUCUGGUUGGUGGGUAUUACGACGCCGGUGACAAUGUGAAGUUUGGAUUACCAAUGGCGUUUACAGUGACAAUGAUGUCGUGGAGUAUAAUCGAGUACGGUAAACAAAUGGGUGAGAAUGGUGAGCUUGGUCAUGCCAUGGAUGCUGUUAAAUGGGGUACUGAUUACUUCAUUAAAGCUCAUCCUCAACCUUAUGUUCUCUAUGGAGAGGUGGGAGAUGGUAAUAGUGACCACUAUUGUUGGCAAAGACCAGAAGAUAUGACCACUGAUAGAAGAGCUUACAAAAUUGACCCGAGUAAUCCCGGGUCGGAUCUCGCCGGAGAAACCGCCGCCGCAAUGGCCGCCGCAUCCAUAGUCUUCCGCCGAUCUAAUCCCGCUUACUCUAGCGAGCUCCUCCGCCACGCUCACCAGUUAUUCGAUUUUGCCGACAAGUACAGGGGUAAAUACGACAGCAGCAUAACCGUGGCCCAAAAGUAUUACCGGUCCAUAAGCGGUUACUACGAUGAGUUGUUGUGGGCCGCUGCAUGGAUGUACCAGGCAACUAACAACCAAUACUACUUGGGUUACCUUGCUAAGAAUGCUGAAGCCAUGGGAGGAACUGGUUGGAGCAUGACUGAGUUUGGUUGGGAUGUUAAGUAUGCUGGGGUUCAGACCCUUGUUUCCAAGUUCUUAAUGCAAGGAAAGGCUGGUAGGUAUGCACCAGUGUUCGAGAAGUACCAGGAAAAAGCAGAGUACUUUAUGUGUGGUUGUAUCGGAAAGGGUAGCCGGAAUGUUCAGAAGACUCCCGCCGGUCUAAUCUUCAGGCAGAGAUGGAAUAACUUACAGUUUGUGACAAGUGCUUCUUUCCUCUCCACUGUCUAUUCUGACUACCUCACUUCUUCCGGUAAAUAUCUCAAGUGUUCUUCCGGCAAUGUGGCCCCCUCUCAGCUUCUUUCCUUCGCAAAAUCUCAGGUUGACUACAUUUUGGGAGAUAAUCCUAGAGCUACAAGCUACAUGGUUGGUUAUGGAAACAACUACCCUCGUCAAGUUCACCACAGGGGUUCUUCCAUUGUUUCUUAUAAGGUUAAUUCUAAGUUUGUUGCUUGCCGAGAGGGUUAUGCCACUUGGUUUAGCCGAAAAGCUAGUGACCCAAAUCUACUUACCGGUGCCAUUGUUGGUGGCCCUGAUGCUUAUGACAAUUUUGCUGAUGAAAGAGAUAACUAUGAGCAGACUGAGCCUGCAACUUACAACAAUGCUCCUCUUCUUGGCAUUUUAGCUAGACUCAGCAGUGGUAGCAGAGGUUAUAACCAGCUCCUUCCAGUGGUUGUUCCAAAUCCAAAGAUUGUUACCCCACAAAAGCCAAAGGCUGUUAACCCAAGAAAACCUGUUCCACAGUCUAAACCAAACCCUGCAACUUACAUUCCUGGUCCAGCUUCAUUUUCAGGCCCGAUUUCGAUACAACAGAAGGUGACAAGCUCAUGGAUUUCAAAUGGAAAAACUUACUACAGAUACUCAACUGUGGUGACCAACAAGUCUUCUAAAAAUGUCAAAUUUGUCAAGAUUUCGAUAUCUAAACUCUAUGGUCCAAUCUGGGGUCUUACCAAGAGUGGUGAUUUCUACACAUUACCAUCUUGGCUCAACAAUAUACCAGCUGGGAAGAGCCUUGAGUUUGUUUACAUUCACUCUGCUUCUCCAGCAAAUGUUGCAGUGUCAAGCUACACAUUGUCUUAAUCUAUACUUAGUGUUUUUUGGUGAUUUGAUUUGGUUGAAGAAUUGGGGGGAAGAAAGGAGUGAAGAGACAGUUUAAGAAUAGAGCUCAUCCUCUUUUGGCUCCAUGACACUAUUUAAUAUAUAGACAAAUUUGAGAGAGAGAGAGAGAGAGAGAGAGAGAGAGAGAGAGAGAGAGAGAGAGAGAGAGAGAUGAGAAGUGAUUUUAGUGACUUCUCAAAUGUUACUAAGAAGUCUAUUUUGUAUACUUGAGAGCAAGCUUUGAAUGUCUUUUCUUUUUUUGUGAUUGUAACGUUAAAAUGUUGUAACCUUUGCAACAUUUGCUUUUUUGGAUACCAAUAUGAAUAUAGUUUGUGCAGUUUAAUUUUUU